AUGGCAUAUAUGCCAAUUAGAUCUCAAUUUAAUAAUGGAAUAAAUCAAAAGAUUUCUGAAUAUGUAUAUACGCAUGAUUUACAAAUGUACUCUGUACCACCGUACGGAGAAAUUGAAUUUGAAGAAUUACAGCAGUGGUGCGUCGAUAGAUUAAGAGAGAAGAAAUGGUUGUUCAAGCAAGAGGUGAAAUUAUUCAGGUGGAGAUUGUCUUUAUUGAAUAAAGAUAGCAUCGAAGCAUUUAAUUGUGCCAAUGGAUUACGAUAUAAUGCUAUCUCCGAAGAAGAAAAACAGAAGAUCAUAGAAGAUGUAAAAAGAACCUAUUGGUACAUUAAAAAUAUAGAUAACAUGAAAGUUUACACAGUACAUUUCACUAGUGUAAUAAAUGAAGUUAUGAAACGUCAAAUAUUUUUAAGAGACGGUAUUGCUUAUGUGCCGGAAACAAAAAUAUCUUGGUUGAUUCUUUCAGAGUUUAAAAAGAAAUUGAACGAAGGAUUUACAUAUUCACGACAAACUGCGUCAAAUAUUUAUAAUGAUGGCAGAUUAACAAAACUUUUUAGCGUACUUUCAACUUGCAGUAAACCUAGUUAUUUCAAAUAUAAUAGACGUCGGCGAGUGUCUAUUAAGGAACUAGAUCAGUUAUCAACGACAUCUUAUCCAUUAUGCAUGAGAGUACUUCACGAAGCAUUAAAAACAAAGCAUCAUCUCACAAAUGGUGGAAGAGUUCAGUAUUGUCUGUUUCUUAAAGGAAUAGGACUCAGAUUGAAAAAUGCAUUACGAUUUUGGGAAGAUGAAUUUACCAAAAAAAUUACCAAAAAUACUUUCCAAAGGAAGUACAGAUAUACCAUACGACAUUUGUAUGGGCAAGAAGGAAAACGAGCGAAAUACGAACCUUUCCAUUGUAUUAAAAUAUUAAACUCUAGCGUUGGUUUGCGAGAUAAUCAUGGUUGCCCGUUUAAAUGUAUGACACUUGAUGCACUUAAAGACACAUUGAUCAAAUGUGGAUUGGUUCGAUCAGAUGUAGAAUCGGUGACGCAACUUUCAAGAAAUGGGUUUUAUCUCGAAGCAUGCAAGGAAUAUUAUGAGAUUACUCAUAAUUGUAUAACAAGGAAUACUUUUGACCAUCCAAAUGUAUAUUUUAAUUAUAGCUGGAAAAUGUUUGAAAGUAUGAAUUCAGAUACUGGGAACUGAAUUAUCAACAAUUUACCAAGAGAGUGAGGAGAAAGGAGAUG